AUUGGGCCUUUACCAUUUUCAGCAGGCAACAGCUUACAGCAGCCAUGUGGAAAAUACCGAGGAGGUUUUCACUCACUAUUGUGUUGCUUUCCCAAGGAUCCACUGGAUGAUGUUGAGACUUGGAGUGAGUCUGUGGACAAAGUCCUCAGUUGUAAAGCUGGCCAGAUAGCUUUCCGAGAGUUCCUGAAGUCCGAAUACAGCGAGGAGAACAUUCUGUUUUGGCUCGCCUGCGAGGAGUAUAAAAAAAUCAAGACGGUGCCAGAGAUGAUCUCCUCUGCCAACAGGAUCUAUUCAGAGUUUGUCCAAACAGAAGCACCCAGACAGAUCAACAUAGAUUGCAGUACCCGAGAAAACAUAACAAAGAACAUCUCCCAGCCCUCCCUGACUUCAUUUGAUACGGCACAGAAGCUCAUCUACAGUCUGAUGGCCAGGGAUUGCUACCCACGCUUCCUCAAAUCUGACAUCUAUCAGGGACUCCUGAGGAGAACCGAUUCAAGGUGA